AUGGUCUGGGUGGGCUCCCUGUUGACUAUGAUACCAACUCUUGUGUUAAGUCAGCUCAUUCCGAUGAAAACCCCUGGCAAAUUUAAAUGCCGUGAAGUAUGGCCAGAUGUUGAAUCUGAACGAGGCUUCAACAUUUACUUGGAUGUGGUACUGUUGGUGAUACCUCUCCUCAUUAUGAUCAUUGUUUACUCAUUAAUUGCUCGAAAGUUGUGCACUGGUUCCAAACUUAACUUUUCCAAAGGAAGAAGAUCUGAAAUAAGACCCAUGGCAAUCGGUAAUAAAAGAAGACUCUUGGAAUCAGGACCUGAAGGCAAAGGCAAUUCGGACCAAAAUUAUUCAAAAAAAUUCCAAAAAAGAAGAAGAAUAGUUGAACUAUUGACUUCGUCAUCAGACGAAGAUGAUACUUCAGGAGAACGUUACGAAAAGAACAUAGUUACUUGUAUUCAAAAAAUAAGAAAAGUCAAUCGAAAUAGUGGAAAAGAAUACUACAGAGAAAUAGAGCGCAGUGCAUUGAGUAACCCUGAAAGACAAUAUCUGGAUCCACUGAAACCAUCAAGCAGUAAUGGAAUGAGAAGGGAUUUCCGUACCAAAAUGCCAGGAGCCAGAUCUAGAACCAUGAAAAGCACGACCCUGCGAGGAACAUAUGACAAAAACCAAGCCGCUAAAAUUCGAGUGGUGCGAAUGCUUUUUGUGGUAGUUGUCGAGUUCUUCGUUUGCUGGACUCCACUCUAUGUUGUGAAUACAUGGGCUCUAUACGAUGCAAAGAGUGUAUACACUUCCCUUGGAUACGUUGGAAUGGCAGCUAUAUAUUUGAUGGCAUAUUUCUCUUCUUGCUGCAACCCUCUUACUUACUGCUUCAUGCACAAAAAGUACAGGCAAGGAUUCCUGGCAGUGAUUGGAUGCAAGAAGAAUAAAAGAUGGCAUUUCGGCGGCCAAAGCAGUGAAAGAUCUGGCACGAUGGUUAGCGUCUUCAGUACUCGCGCUGGAUCUGUUAGAUCUGAAACAGUUGAUCGCAUCACAGCCACUUCUGCUUGUUGA